ACUGUUCUAACCUUACAAUUUGGCAAGUAGAAAAAAGUUUUAGAAGAUUAAUGUUACAUAUGUAACUGUUUAAUCAGAGUUGCAUGUUUGUUAGUGAAUUCUGAAUAGAAUUUGGUUCAACAUGGAAACAAGGUGAUUUCUGACUUACAAUAUAAAAAAGGAUAUUUUACAUAGAUGAAAAAAUUGCACAUACAGUGUAAGUUUUUAACUAGACAAAUAUAGCAAUAACAAUGUUAACAAGAUGAAUAAAUUUUAAAACAAAAAGUGAACAGAAAGGGAUGAAAAAAAUUAUGAAAUAAUUUUUUAAUGAAAGCUAAAAUGAAAGUUCUUUCUGGCAAAGAACAUUAAAAUCACACAGGUGUAAGAAUAAGCAUCUUUUCUGAUCAAAAAUGCAGUUUGUUUACUGGUAUUAGUAUAUAUAUCUCUUAUAGUUAAUCUGUCAGAAUUUCAAACCGUACUCAAUGUACUAAAACUAGUAUGCAGAAUUAAUGUCAAGGCCAAAUUUUUCAAAGCAUCACUGAGUUUUGAUCUAAUUUUGUUUAUUAAAAUCAAUAUCUCCACCAAAGUGAAAAGGAAUGUGUGUCUAAUUAGCUCAGCCUCUGUGCAAGGAACACCUGUGUUUACCUGUGCAUCUGAUAUCUUGAUUCAUCAUGUAUGUAUCAGGUUUAAUUUAAAGUUAUAUCACUCAAUUUUGUUCAUAUCCAUGAAAACUAAGAUUUAAUUAAUUUUAAUUUUUAAUUUUGAGUGUUUCCUGUUACAUGUAUCAAAUACUUUGUAAUAUGGGAGAGGUUAAAAAUUGAGAUGUCAUUUGAUUUCAAAUUUGAGUGUUAAUAAUUAAUGAACAAAGGUUAAUAGAGCUAUUGUUUUGGAGCAAACUUUGAUCAUCAGAUUGUUUCCUUUUUCCUGUAAAGUGAAUAUGCCUAUUUGAAAGUGUUGAUGAAAAAAUAUUUCAGUGUAAUUUAUCUAAGGUAACAACAACAGCAAAUCUUUCAGGGUCUUGUUUGCACAUAAUUCACAGUUUGAUAAUUACAGUGUAAAGUUGUUUGAAUUACUGCUUGCAUCCAAAUGAAUGUUGAUUAGAAACCCAACAGUUUAUCAAUUAAUUUUCAGAAACACAAUACUGAUUAUCCAUUCUUUUUCAUUCUUUCAGUAAUAGAAUAAAUAUGUUACAACAAACAAUAAAUCUUUGGUAUUCCUUAUUUAAAGAUAAAAAAAACCACUUUCGUGAAAAUCUAAAAAGCUGUUGACGCCCUGUUUUGUCAAAAAAUCAUAAAAAAUGUUUUUUUGAGAUCUGGAGGCACUGAGAAGACAAUAGAUACUUCAAUUUUCAGCUGUAUUAGAGUUGAUGUUUUUAUUUGUUGUGCUGUAGUGCGUUAUCUUCAGGGGUAUAGCCUAGCGAGUAGCACUUCAUGCCUCUGCCGCUUACCGUGUGUACUCGCUGUGAAAGUGUAUUUAGACGUGUAUACGCAACACAGGUUGUAAAUAAGCUCACUGUAUUGUUCAAUUCUCGAAAAAUUAAAGCUUCCAACAUCUCCAUGUAAUUGAGUUAUUGAUAAUUUGAGAUAAACAUGUAAAAAAAAAAAAAAAGAGAAAAAAAAAGAAGCUAAGUUCACAGUGAAAAUCAGGAGGAAAACCUUCUGUUGGUUAACCAGAGGGAAAAAGAGAUGAAAAAGUGUGUACAUCAUUUUAAUUCCUUAUGACUGUCAUUAGACCUAGGUGAUCUAAGUGAUUCUACAGAUGAUGAUUCUGUUGGUGGCCUCAACUGUCUAGGGUGGUAGCUUAGACCCGCAAAAGUGGAGCAGUCCAGCAAACACAAGGAGUUCGGCAUUGCCAAAGCUUUGUCUAACAUUUUCCGACUUAUGCAAACAGUGGUUAUGGAGACUGGCUAUGGACAGAUAAGCUCAGAAACCUCCACCGUGUUACAGCAGAGCGAUUCACCAGAUUUACUGGACAAUGGUAAACACAAUAUGAAGACUGCCUCCAAUGAUUCUUUUACCGAGUUCAUGGCGCGUUGUGCACCCACUCUUUCCAAUGGGCCGACCCAGGGAAGACGGGCAGAUCGACAUUACUCAAAACGAAUGCGAAGGCGACUAGUGUACAAAAACGGAGAGGUCAACAUCACACAAACAAAUAUUCGUAAACGUCGCCGUCGAUUCCUUGCUGACAUUUUCACCACUUUGGUCGACAUUAAAUGGAGGUACAAUUUGUUACUGUUCGCACUGGCUUUUAUUUUAAGCUGGUUAAUAUUUGCAGUGAUUUGGUGGUUGAUCUGUUUUUCACAUGGAGAUCUUGAGCAACAGACUAUGAAAAACCCACAGCAUGUACCUUGUGUGAAAGAAAUGCAUUCCUUCACAUCUGCUUUGUUAUUUUCUAUUGAGACCCAACAUACGAUUGGAUACGGAUCCCGACACACGACGGAGGAAUGCCCAGAGGCCAUCACGGUGAUGAUGAUUCAGUCCUGCUUUGGCGUCAUUUGUCAGGCCAUGAUGACUGGAAUUGUAUUUGCGAAAUUGUCUCGUCCAAAAAAGCGAGCAGAAACCCUUAUGUUCAGCAAAAAUGCAUGUAUCUGCAAACAGGAUGGCGAGUUGUGUCUUCUAGUUCGGGUGGGAGAUAUGCGAAAAUCUCACAUCGUAGAAGCUCAUGUCAGGGCUGUAGUGAUAAAAAAGAAAAUAACUAAAGAAGGAGAGGUUCUGCCUCUGUAUCAGUUUGAUGUAAAUUUGGGUUUUGAGGAUGGCAGUGACAGGCUUUUCUUAGUCUGGCCAGUCAUUAUCAGUCACAGGAUCAAUGAAGAGAGUCCGUUCUGGGAAAUGUCUCCUGAGGAUUUGCAUCGGGAACAGUUCGAAUUAAUCAUCAUUCUGGAGGGCAUUGUGGAAUCCACUGGGAUGACCACCCAGGCAAGGAGUUCAUACCUGCCAGGUGAAAUCCUCUGGGGUCACAGGUUUGAACGCCUGGUCACAUUUCAAAAAGAAAACGGCCAGUAUCAAAUUGACUUUUCGCGUUUCCACAACACUAUGCCUGUGGAUACGCCCCAGUGUAGUGCUAAGGAGCUAGCGGAAAUGGGGGAUAUACUGCAAGAGCAUGCAUACAUUGACGAGGAUGAAAAUACAUCCCUUUGUUCACAUAAGAAUGAUGGAUUUCCGAGCCCGUAUGUGAUAAAAAGGCAUGGGGCUGCCCAGACAGACUUUGAUGAUGAUUUAGAUUCAAACGAUAGUUCAAUUCCAAGUCGGAUUGCUGUUGAGGAAUCUGAGACCCUGCUAUGACAACUUAAACAUUUGUAAGUCCCCUUCCCCAAAACCCCUAAACCUUCCUCAUAUUGUUAGUAUACAGUAGAUAAGUAUACAAGGUGUGUAAAUGAUGCCCUGUUGCCUCCCAUGAUGAAUCAUUAGGUUGACUUAUCAAAUUUAUCUCAAAAGUACGUGUUGUACUUAUAAUUUUUGCUUUAACAUAUAUAGAUGAAAUAUUUUUUUUCGGUGCUGAAAUUCUCUUCAAUGACAUUUUGCAGGGUUUAUCUAUUUUCCAGGGAACCUCAGAUGGUUAUGCUCGUGUGUAUUUAUAUCUCUGAAUUGCCAAUCUCUCAAGCAUACAUACUACAUCAAUAAAGAUGAGCUGUUUAAGAGCUCUUAUUAGAUAUGAUGUAUGAUGAGGCUUCAUGUUUCUGUUAGCUGCUGGUCUUAUAGUAUUAUAAAUUACACUAUUUUUGUGUCAGUUUACCAGGUUUGGAGAUUGUGUGGUCAGAAACAGGCUUCUUUUCAAAUACAUCACUCAAUUUUACUUCAAGAAGUCAUUCCCCUUUCUCUCUUUUUUUUUUUUCAAGGUAAUUUCGAUUACAAUAGGGGCAUUUGAUUUUUAUUGGUGUGAGUUUUUUUUUUAAUAUUCAAAGUUAGAAUGAUUAAAUGAAAAUUUAAAAAAAAAAAUCUGUUGACUUUUAAACAUAAAAUAUAAAACAUAUGGUAUAAUUAUGUAUAGUUUAAUGAGUCAUAUCGUUUGAUUGGUUGUCAAUAUACAACUUUAAAAUUGCAAGUCUCAGUUGGUAUGAAUUUUUGUAUGCAGCUUAUUCUUGUCUUGCAACAACUAGAUCUCAAAACAGAAUAUAACAUGCACUCAUAAUAUUUAUUUCAUUGUACAAUUUUGAAAAGUAAUAUACUUGUAUCAGUCAUGAGUGUUAGCAUUUGCAAGGUUCAAUAAUUUUUUUCUUUUUUUUUUAAUUGCACCAAUUCAAUUGAAAUGCAUGUGCAGCAAUGCAGUUGAAUGAGUAAGUUACAUGCAUUUAAAAAACACUCAAAGUACAAAUGACAUGCAAAGUAGGUGUAGUCCUUGGGAAGGUCAUUUUCUCUCUUUCUCAAAAAUGAAAGGAAUUUCAUUUUUCACAUGAACAGCUAGAUAUAUAUACCGGGUAAGCAUUCAUACCUUUGGCCAAAAACUUCCAUUAUUUAUUCUUAUUUUCUUCAAAGGCAAAUAAGAGAAAAAAAAUUUGUAUUGCCAGUAAUUUUUAUAUUUUUGUUGUUCGAUUUUAUUACCCUUUUCUGUGAACAGUGGGUAUCCAUAUUCUAUGAACCAGUUUGGAUUUGUUUUACUUGUUAUAUUUUCAAAAAUCACCAAAAUAGAUAGCUUAGUAUAAUGUUAGAAUACAUGUACAUAUAAUUAUCUAUAUAUUUUUUGCCAAAUUUUGUUAUAAAAGAUAAACUUGUAUUGUUGGGUUUUCAGUUAACUUUGAAAUCCAAUAUAAUUUAUAUUUUUUCUAGAUACAUGUAAGUUUUUACCUUCCAAAGAUGAUUAUGAUUUGCAUAAUAAAACUGUCCGAUGAUUUAUUUUUUUUCAAAGUGCUGGUCUCCUUAGUUACAUACAGUACGAUAUACAAUGUGAAUAGAAAUAGUUAUUUACAUAUAUUUUCAAAUAAAUGAAAAUAUGAUUAUUUUUUAUUGUAAAAAUAGUAUUUUUUACAUUUUUUCCCCUAUGCUAAUGAAUCUCUUUCACUGAUAUAAAUGUGUGUGUGUUAUAUUCUUUCUGUCAUGAAAAUUGCUUAUGGUACAGAAAUCUAAAAUUUGUACCUAAUUGUUAAAAUUGGUUUUAAUUUUGACCUGUAGAUGAUGAAAAGUAUUAUCUUAAUGCUGAUUAUUUUGUGUACACUGUGAAUACAGUGCUGUAUUGUAUUAUGAUUAUUUGUAAUAUCAUUACAUGUAUUAUGUCUUUUUAUUUAUGAUAACAUAUUUUCAGAAGUAAAAGAUUGUGUGAAUUGUCAUUUAAUCUGGUUGUAACAUUUGUCUAGAUGCUUUUUUUUUCUCUUUCUGAGUUAUUGAUUACAUAGACAGGUACCUGUAAAAUGAAAUUUAACAAUCACACCUACCGUACUAGGAAAUUUAAUUGAUAAGUUUAUUGUACUGAAUGGUAAGUUUAUCACCAGGUUAAGAAUUACAGUUGAACUUCAAUAUCUCGACCUCUGAUAUCUCGAAUACAAUGGAUAUGUCGAAGUGAUUUGUAAGUCGCAACCAUUUUUUUAAAGGUAUUUUACCCUUGAUACCUCGAGUACUUGGAUAUCUCGAAGUUUUUAAACAGUCCCAUCUAAUUUGAAAAAAAGACCGUAUUUGAAUCGAAUGAAAAGUAAUUGUUUUUUUUUUUAGUUCACUCUUGAUCAUAACAUUAGAUGUAUGUCAGUUUGGGAUUUUUAUGCAUUAUUUAUAUACGUUAUGAUGUUAACAAAGCGAACUAUAAGAAAUUAGAACUGUUAACGUGUAGAAAAUAUAGAAUAUUUGUACAUUUUCUGCAAACCCUUAUGUGUAUUUUAAAUGAAGUUUCAAAAGAUUAUCUUCAUAUUGUUUGUGUUCUCUGAUGUAAUUUUGGUAUCUUUUCCUUUGAUAUUUCUCUAAAUGCUUUUCAAAAUUCAUCUGAAAAACUCGAGAUGCAGCGUAUAUGCAAGGCUUCUGAAUAGUAUGUUAGUGUAGGUAGAUCUUGUAAUAUAUU